AAGGAAAAGCAACCGUCUCUCUCUCCCAUCUUUCUCCCUCCCUCCCGCUGGCGGAUCUGAACUCCCCCAAAAAUCGUGACCCGAGAGAAACCCUAGCCCCCGGAGGUUUUCCGCCCCCACGACCGCCGUGGCGCCUCGCCGGAGAGCUCGGCCCGCCGCCGACGCCGGCGCAGGCCCGUCCUCCCCGGACGCCGGCGACGAUGCGCCGCUCGCCGGCGACGACGACGCGGCCGCCGGGGCCUCGCCGGAGGCUGGCGGCGUCGGCACGUCCGAGCAGGCCAGGAAGGCGCUGUCGCUGCGCUCGCCGUUCGACGGCGAGGAGGCGGCGGCCCGGAACCCUCUGCUGCCCGCCCGGGUCGCCAGAUGGGCGGUGGUCGGCGACAUGCGGAGGAAGCACAAGAAGGCUCAGCCGCCGGAGCCGGCAGCUGCUGUGGAGCAGCCCAAAGCGAGAUCCAAUGCUUUCUGGGACAGGAUGGAGCCUUAUUUCCGGGAUAUGACGUUGCAGGAUUUGGAGAUGGCAGAGCCCAAGCCUCUCUCCAGUUCCAGCUGGCUCGAUCCAUGCCUUCUUGUGCCGUUUGUGGGCAGCGGCAAGAAAGUGUUGCGGAGGCAUGUUGAUCCGUCUGAUGUGGCCGUGGUCGCCGAAAACUCGAGUUCCAACUCGAUGGAGUUGGAGAACGGCAUGGUGCAUAGCAAACAUGAUCCACAUGAGAGCUCAGAUUUUGUUUGGAACAGUGUGGAGCUAGUCAAUAGCAAUGGGACCAGUGGAGAGCACUGUGAACGGGAUAUGCAGGAGGUGAUUUUGCACCAAGACGAGCAGCCGCUGGUAAUUGAACUAGAUCCAGGCAAGAGAGAUGGUGUUGUUUUACCAGGCCUCAGCCAGAAUCCGGACUCCUCAUUGAGUUGGCUCCUAGGAGCAAGAGGACGGGCUGUGCUCACUUCGGAGCGCCCAAACAAGAAGAGGAAGCUGCUGGGUGCAGAUGCUGGGCUUGAGCAGCUUGUGGUCCUGCCACCCUUAGAAGGUGACUCUGGUUCAAAGUGUGAUGUAUGUUGUUUGGGAGAGAGUGAUGCUGCAUCCAAUAGGAUGCUCCAGUGCAAUCGCUGCAAGGUGUCGGUGCACCAGAAGUGUUAUGGUGUGCAGGUCGAGCCAGAUGGCUAUUGGAUGUGUGCCUUGUGUGAACGGAGGUUGACACAGAGUGAUGCAGGAAGGAUUGCGUUUAUGCCUUGUGUGCUUUGCUCAACGGAGAAAGGUGCUUUGAAACCUGUAAAAUGUGAGCCUGGUGGAAUUGCAAAUGGGGGCAACCUGAAUUUUGCACACUUGUUCUGUAGUCUAUGGUCACCGGAGGUUUUUGUAGAGGACAUGGACUCAAUGGAACCUAUCGCAAAUAUCGAAGACAUCCCAGAGAAGCGGACAAAAAUGGUCUGCACUAUUUGCAAGAUUAUGCGUGGUGCAUGUGUUCGAUGUAGCCAUGGGACAUGCCGGGCUUGCUUUCAUCCUAUAUGCGCAAGAGAGAAGAAGCAUCAGAUGGAGAUAUGGGGAAAAUCUGGGCUUAAGAAUGUUGAGUUGCGUAUAUUUUGCUCGAAGCAUUCUAGAGUCAGAGGAAUCAGCUCCGUACACCAUGUCAAUGGUUUUGCUGAACAGGAUACCACACAAGUUGGGCUGGAUGAUGAAAAUUUUGCUCAAAUAAGAUCUAAACGCAAGAGUAAGGACAAAUUCAUGAACUUCACAUCCAUGAGCUCUAGUUUGUCCAGCCAAAAUAAAGCGCAGACAACAGAGCUGGUAACGUCAACAUGUGCUGUUAGAGGCACGGAAAGUCAACAAGUUCAAUGCACAAAUAUGGUUGUUGAUCAGCCUACAGGAGCUGGGAAUGUUGUGAGCAGUUCUGGUGAUGUUUCUACAUUUCUGAGAAAGCUAAUUGACCAAGGAAAAGUUAGUGUUGGUGAUAUACAAUCAGAACUGGGUCUCUCAUCUGAAUCGUUGGAAGCUGCUCUUGUGCCUGAAACAUCCACCUUCUCCCCUGGUCUGAAGUUGAAAAUCAUCAAGUUGCUGCAAAACUCUAUUCAUGUGCCUUCUGUUCAAGUGAAAUCUCUAAAAGAGGGUUCUGUGGCACCGGAAGGUCCAUUGGAUAGAAGUGAAAGUAAGAAAGUAACUGAUUCACAACUUGGCUCAGAACUUGAGGAAGGCAUCUCUUCAUUUGAUCAUUGUUUCCCGGAUGGUGAUAAAGCUAAUAAAGACACUGAUUCAGUUGAAAAUUGCGUGCACACUUGUCAUGAUGGUGGUGACGACCAUAUUUCGCGCCAACCUUUUCUUACUAUUGAUGGUCAUGACUACUAUAUUCAUCCAUCUAUUGAGACAAUGUUGCAGAAUUUGUGCGACCAUAUUCCGAAUCAAAAUAAACAGGCUGAACAUUAUCAUGGAGAAUUAUCCUACCCUCAUGACCAAAACCUUGGUGGUUCACCAACAAAACUUGAGCAAUUAACAGAUAUAGUUGCAGUUGAUCAGGCUUCUAAAGCAGAUUCAUUAGGUAUUUUGGAGCAUUCACCCCAUGACGAAAUAGAAGGAGAAAUAGUUUAUUUACAAUCCAGGCUACUCAAUGAUGUUGCUGCUAUGAACCAGAGAUAUGAAGAUCUUAUGCCUAAGGUUGUCCAGAGUCUUCCUCAAGAAAUGGAUUCUUCCAAUAAAAGAAAAUGGGACCAUAUCAUUGUGAACCAGUUCCUUCGUGAUAUAAGGGAAGCUAAGAAACGCGGGAACACAGAGAGGAGACACAAAGAAGCUCAGGCUAUCCUAGCUGCAACUGCACCUAUUGCUGCACCCACCUCAAAAGAUGUAAACAUUCGGAAAGAGACAGAAAAUGAUGCUGUGCCUGUCAAACAAGAGAGUAUUACCAAAGUCCAUGCUGGAUCUUUAAGAGUCAGCCAAUUGACUUCGUUGCCACAAACAAAGGAUCCAUCAUUUUCUAACAGUAAAGUCUCAGCGGAUACUAAUUUUGGCAUUUUCGAUCUGGCAAAAUUUUCCAAGAAAAAUGGUCUUCCGUGUGAUGUGUGCAUGCGACGUGAGACUGUAUUGAACCGAGUAUUUCUCUGCUCAAGCUGCAAGGCUGCUGUCCACUUGGACUGUUACCAGAGUCGAACGAAUCCCACCGGCCCCUGGAAGUGUGAACGUUGCCAAGAGAUGCUAUCAGAUGCUGUCGUGUCGGAUAGUCAAUCAGACUGCAGUGGUUCAAAAUCCUGGUUGGUGCAGUGCGGUUUGUGCCAUGGUACAUCAGGAGCUCUUCGGAAGACUACAAACGGGCAAUGGGUUCAUGCUUUUUGUGCCGAGUGGCUCCUGGAGAACUCAUUCAUAAGGGGACAAUGCAAUCCAGUAGAUGGAAUGGAGGGUCUUCUUAAGGGGAAAGACACAUGCUCAAUCUGCCAACACAAUGUUGGCACAUGCUUGAAGUGCAGCACUGUAGGCUGUCAAGUUACUUUCCACCCUGCAUGUGCUAGAGAUGCUGGUCUUUACAUGAACACAAAAAAGUUUGGGAGCUUGUGGCAACACAAAGCAUAUUGUGGCAAUCACAGUAUUGAGCAAAAAAAGGUCGACUCUCAACAAUAUGGACCCGCGGAAGUCAAGAUCAUGAAACAAAUGAGGGUUGAAUUGGAAAGAUUACGUCUUCUUUGCGAGAGGGUUGUUAAAAGAGAAAAGGAGAAGAAAGAGUUGCUUGUAUGUGAACAUGAUAUACUUGCUGUGAAGAGGGACUAUGUUGCCUUCUCGAUGCGGGCUUCAUGUUAUACGCCUGCACCUGGAGCAAGUUCAGAAUCUGCCACUACUUCCGUUAAUAACAAUUCGUAUGGUGGAAAAAGGCAAAGGUCGGAUGAUAUCACAGUGAGAUCAGACGAUGUGACAGUGGAUAGUACUAUUCCCAGGAAACACACUAUCAGGUUCCCAGUGCAUAGCAAGGACACUGAUAGGAAUACAGCUGACAGUUCGACAUCAACAAUAUCAUACAAGCGUAAGUUGGAUGAUGUGGAAUCACUCGCUCUUAAGAAUCUUCAAGAAAGAGCAGCUACUGCCAUGCAGAAAUCAGAAGACGGAGAAACAAAGUCAACAGAUAAUGCCUUGCAGAAAUCAGAAGACGGAGAAACAAAGUCAACAGAUUAUGCCUUGCAGAAAUCAGAAGACGGAGAAACAAAGUCAACAGAUAAUGCCUUGCAGAAAUCAGAAGACGGAGAAACAAAGUCAACAGAUAAUGCCUUGCAGAAAUCAGAAGACGGAGAAAUAAAGUCAACAGAUAAUGCCUUGCAGAUAUCAGAAGACGGAGAAACAAAGUCAGCAGAUAAAAAGCAUGAGGAAACAGCUAAAAAGGAGCCUGCUAUCACAUCUGACCAAGCUGUGUCGCAGAAACAACACCCUCCAAAGAGACUUGUUUAUACUCGCCGUGGCUCCUCCAAAAAGAAGCAACGGAGUCAGGAUGUUGUAGUACAAGGGCCUGUUGGUGGAUAGCAGCAGCGUAUCGAAGUGGCUCCUUCCUCCAUGGCCAGGGAACAUGGUUUCUUGCCCGGCGUCCGAAAAGCAGAUUGCAGCAAGCGGGGCUGGCCAGUGUUACCAUCUCAUCACACAGCCAAUGGGGGCACGGACGGGCGGAGGUUAUAAAAUGGUGUGCACCGAGCCCUGCAGUGUGAUUUGAGCUUCCAGCCAGAAGGUUUGACCCCUUGAGCUGAUGCCACUCAGAUGACGUGGCGGCAUGGGUGAAUUCAUCCACUGAUUAAGUUAUUCGAGGGCAGAUUUUGUGAAAUAUGCUCUGUACGUUGUCAUCUCUGUAGUCAUUAGUUUAGUCUUGUAACAGAGAACAAGUAGCUACAUCUGGUGGAUGAUGAAAGAAGAGGGAGGGGUAGUAGGGGGGUUGUCACUGACUGACAUCUGUAGUUGACAAAUUGACUUCUGUAGUUAACGUAGGCCAUCCAUCUGCACAUGAAUUAUCUCUGUACAACAGCAGCAGCAUAUGUAGGCCCGAAUGUACACAGAAAUUUGACUGCUCGGUUGAUCAGUAGUGUGGGUGUGCUUACAGCUUACAUUAGCUUGUGACCUUUGAGACGAAACGUUGCCAAUUUCAUGAAUCCUGGUAGAGCACAGCAACUUGUUGUUUAAAUUCUUUA